AUGAGAAGAAAGAUACCAAAUUUCAAACAAGAAUAUGUAGGCCACUACAUGGAUGAUCCAAACUAUUCUCCAAUGAAAGCACCUAAAUGCGUGUUCGUAUGCAAAAAAGAAGCUUAUAUGAUUGGUGGCGAACUAGUAAUAACCAGACGAAAAAUCCGAACAAUAGGGAACUGGUCAGACGCAAUCACGUUGAUGUAUUUAAUAUUUAUGGCAGUUGCUCUAUACAUCGAUUUUGGGAAUAUCCGAACGAGUCUUGGUAAUGGAAUUACCGACAGUGGUGGUGAUGUGCAGGAGCAGGUUCGUAACGGACUCGAGGAAGGAAUCAAACAUCCUAUUGAUAAUUCUGGUCACGCUGAUCGAAAGAUAAUAACACUAUUUCUUGCAUUAGUGUUUCAAGCGAUAAUCUUAGCGUUAAGGGCUGUUUUGUCGUUAUUGGCUCAGUGUGGCGCACAUACAUUUUCUAAAGAGUUGGACGCCACGAACGAACCUAUUGUGUGGAUUGUGUGA